UGGAGCUGACGUGACCGAGGCACCGAGGAGGCACAGAGCCCGAGUGUUGUUUUGAAUUCAGCACAAGACACCGACAGCAGGAGGCGGAGGAGGGGGUACGGUCUGUGGAUAAGAUGGCGGAUGAAGAAGGCGAUGAAACCCGGUCGGCUCAGCCCUCGGCAUCCCGCAGCGGUCCGGCCGCCGGCUCCUCUAGCACCGCGGGCCAGACCACCACCACCACCACCACGGUCACCUCCGGUCCCCGCUCCGUGAGGAUCGUCAAGUCGGAGUCCGGCUACGGGUUCAACGUCCGCGGUCAAGUCAGCGAAGGGGGGCAGCUCCGGAGCAUCAACGGGGAACUGUACGCUCCUCUGCAGCAUGUCAGCGCCGUCCUGCCCGGGGGAGCCGCGGACCGAGCCGGGAUAGCGAAGGGGGACCGGAUCCUGGAAGUUAAUGGGGUGAGCGUGGAAGGGGCCACCCACAAGCAGGUCGUGGACCUGAUCCGAGCAGGGGAGAAGGAGCUGGUUCUGGCUGUGCUCUCCGUUCCACCUCAGGAGGGCGAUGGGUUGGAAGGAGGAGAGGAAGUCCAACUAAACUACGACUACAGCGACAAGCAGGCUGUGCCCAUUUCCGUUCCCACGUACAAACAUGUGGAGCAGCACUCCGAGAGGUUUGUGGUGUACAAUGUGUACAUGUCGGGUAGGCAGCUGUGCUCAAAGCGCUACCGGGAGUUCGCCAUCCUGAACCAGAACCUGAAGAGAGAGUAUGCCAACUUCAACUUCCCAAAGAUUCCAGGGAAAUGGCCCUUCUCCCUUUCUGAACAGCAGCUGGAUGCUCGGCGUAGAGGCCUGGAGGAAUAUCUCGAGCGAGUUUGCUCUGUGCGGGUGAUCGGGGAGAGUGACAUCAUGCAGGAGUUUCUCUCUGAAUCAGACGAGAACUACAAUGGAGUGACAGAUGUCGAGCUGCGGAUAGCCCUCCCUGACAAGACCACCAUCUCCGUCAGAGUCCGCAAAAACAGCACCACGGACCAGGUGUACCAGGCGUUAGUGUUGAAGGUUGGAAUGGACAGUAUUAUGGCAAGCUACUUCGCCCUUUUUGAGGUCAUCAACCAUUCCUUUGUACGGAAGCUGGCGCCCAACGAGUUUCCCCACAAGCUCUACGUGCAGAACUACACGUCGGCGGUGCCGGGGACGUGCUUGGCGCUCCGCAAGUGGUUGUUCAGCUUCCAGGAGGAGGAGUUACUAAGAGACAAUCCGCUGGCACUGCACUACUGCUUUCACCAGGCAUUGGAUGAUGUGAAGAAGGGAUUCAUAAAAACAGAGGACAAAUCCUACCAGCUGCAGAAACUGGCAGAGCAGCGCAAGAUGGCCACGUACCUGAGCCUGUUGCGGACGUGUGAGGGCUACAACGAGGUGGCGUUCCCACACUGCUCCUGCGACUCCAGGAGGAAGGGACACGUCAUCACAGCCAUCAGCAUCCAUCACUUCAAGCUGCACGCCUGCACGGAGGACGGCACGCUGGAGAACCAGGUGAUAGCGUUCGAGUGGGGGGAGAUGCAGCGCUGGGACACUGACGAGGAGGGGAUGGCUUUCUGCUUCGAGUAUGCCAGAGGAGAGAAGAAACCUCGCUGGGUCAAGAUCUUCACUCCAUAUUUCAACUACAUGCACGAGUGCUUUGAGCGGGUCUUUUGUGAGCUGAAGUGGAGGAAACAGGUUGAGGAAGAGGCAUCUGACAAAGACAACAAAAACUGCAGUAACACUGAGAUCCUGCCUCCUCUGGAGACGCAGCAAAAGGGAUGGCGCCACCUAGGGGGGGAGAUUGCAACUUCCUAAAACCAUCGGCCACCACACAAACUAGAACUGGUCCACUUGCAUCAUUACAGCCACCCCUGAGAGAGCGCCCAUCAACAAACACAGGACAGAGAACUGGAAGUGAAGCGACGAAUGUGGGAAAUUGGAACAGUCACACGUAACCGGACCCAGGGAUACACACAGCAAGAAGAGCGAUGGAAGUUAACACAAGUCAGCUUUCAUGUCAUUUACUAGAUCUCCAUAGUGUGUCUGUUGUUUUCCACCAUGCAAUCUCCCUGAGAUGUGGCAGGACACGAGCAGAAUUCUCGCCUGCGGUUGAGAUCUAACACAUAUCUACAGUGUGUGUGUGUGACUGGUUCGGCGUCAACCGCAGCGUUUGCUCAAAGCAACGUGACCAGGGAGCGACACCGUGGGGGGGGGGGGGAUCCCGACGCCCGGGUCUCGCACCUGGAGAGACUCUGUCUGCUGAUGAACCGAGCUGUGUCGACGGAGGAGAAAACAAUGAGGGAGCGAUGCAGACAAACAGGGUUUUCACUUCUGUCAGUUAGUGACAAAGACGGCAAAGUCGUGCUGUCACACCGAUGCUGGACAUUAACACAAAAGUGAUGUUUUCUAUCCGUGAGGUCCGAAGUAUUCUGUCUCUGUCCGGAAACAUCCGCGACACAAAUGUAACUAAAACAACUAAACAAAAAACUGACGGGAGGGAACACGUUUUUAAUUCUAUGUUUGGUUUAACAAUCUGAUAGAUUAAUGUAAGACCUCUAAUAAUCGGUUUAUUGACUUAACACAAUAACACUAACUGAAUUGCAUUGAAGCUGCUCCUUCUAAUCUCCAUUCGUCGCGUCUUCUGGUCUAACCGUCAUUACUUGAAAACCACGUCAACCAUUAAUGUCAGUAUGGGUAUUCCCCCCCCAGCUCGCAAGUGUUUUAUUGUGGUGAUUUUUGUGGAGUUGAGAGGAAAAGGCUUUUCUCCUUCUCGGCUCUGUGCAAGAGUGAUGUCUUGAACAAAAGGGUUGAUGGGCCAAAGCUUCGAUGAUGUUGUAAUGUCACGUGUUCUGCACAAGCAAUCGGGCCGACAGAAUAUGAAUAUAAGUGCUGGGGAAUGGAGAGGUUUGGAGUUGGUGAGCUGCUGUUCUCCUGAACGUACAGCAGGGGGCAGCAGAGUGUAAGGCAAAUGUAGUUGUGGGUCUUUGAAGAAGUAGAGAUCUUAUGAAGUGCUCCCUCGGGCUCUGUAACUCACCCAAAAGUAUUCCUCCGCUGCAGUUUGUCCAUUAACCACGUCAGGAGGACAGAUGGUGAAUGUGUGUGUGUGUAUUUGUGUGUGUUUGUGUUGAACUGAGUGUAGAUGGUGCAUGAAGUUGUGCGACUGCAACCAUGGCCAUCAGCCGGCAUCUGUCUGCCUCUUAAAAAUUGAAACAGUAUUAGCCGUGUGUGCAUAUGAAAUGAUUAUAUGACACUUUUAUGAUUUACACAGAUUGAUUUCGAUUUUGAAAAUGUUGUUUUGUCUUGUUUUUCUUCACAAAAUCAAAGGUUUAUUUGUGUUUUUAAAUUUUUCCGGGGAUAUAGAAUCCGAUCAGAGACGCUGUGCGCAGAGUUCUCCUGUGAUACGAGUUUUGUUUAUCCCACGAAGGGCUUGUAGCUUUUUCUCGGCCAAUUCCAUUACUGACUCGCUCUUGUCCCUCACUCAACCUUCUGGCAGCAACCAAAAAAACCUGAAACUGAGAAUAAUGUUUUUAUUCAAUCACGCUGAAUUGGAGAGCAGGUUCAACUCUAUAGGUCUCUUCUUUCCUCAGUCGAGCUUUGAGCUUCUGGUUUGAUAAAAACGUCUGUUUCAUCUCAAGGUUUAGUCCCAAUUUGCUUUUCAGUCCCUCAUCUUGGAGCAGGCUCGUGUGUCUUUGUGUGUCUGUGUGUGUGUUUGUGUGUGUGGCCGCUGUGUUUAGUGUCCUCUAUGUCUAUCAAUGACAUUGCUGAUAAGCUUUCAAGCUCUGAUUGGACGUGUCUGAUGAGCUGUCGGUGUGGGAGCCAGUAAAUGAAGAUGAGGUUUUUUCUAUCUAUGCGAGAGUGGAGAUGCCAGACAGAUGGAGACAAAUAGGAGGCGUCUCCCUAUUGUCAAGCUCGGAUUCACAGACACACAAACACACACAAGUCCCCGUUGCCCUGCCGCUCCGUGUUUUGGGUUUGACAAAAUUGCUAAAUGCAGCCUCACGAAGCCGUUCUGUUUUCUCCCCGUUGUUGCCUCUCGAGAACAGGCGUCGGUUACACAGCAGCCUAUAGCAAUACAUGUACGUCCUUAACUGUGGCAGAAUGAUGUAUGUUUUACACUCAGCCCAGAGAUGGCUGGAUUGAGAGGGAGACUGCAAUGUGCAAAUUGCUGGAUGGUCAUUUUGACAGCUCAAGUAAUGGCCAAUUUAGAGAUGGAUGACGAGAAUUAAAGCUGUUCAACCAUGAGGUUUUUUUUUCCUUUUCUAAGCUGGAGAGGGAGAGUCGGUUAGAUUGUGUUGGGUUGUGUGUGUGUGUGUGUGUGUGUGUGUGUGUGUGUGUGUUGGUCUGUCCUGUCCUCUGCUCUUACUCCAGGUUGGUCUCCCGUCAUCACAGGGGGAUGUGGUUGCCGUGGCAGCACCACGUUGGCGCAACACACCCGGUGUUCCUUUUAUUCCCGUCAGCCGACUGACUCACUCCUCCCGACCGUGUGUUCGAAACAGUGUUGUUCUUUUUUAACCGUUUGAUAUUUGUUGUGCGUCCCUGUGGCUCGUGCUGCUGUGAAUAAGCCUUUUAGAAAACUGCUGUUUUAAAAAAAAAAAUUUGUUUGUGUUUCUCCGGCUCGUCUCGUCCACGCCAGGUGUCGUCCUCCGCUCGCCGUAAGAGGCUGUGAGGCGUGCGUACUGUCAGUUGUCGUCCGUCUCGGGGCCACCAGUGAGAUAAAUGUCAUGGUAACGGUUUUUUUAAGUGAAAGCGGAGAGAUGACAGGAAUGUUAAGAAGCGCGUCUUUGUACGGUGGGCCCGUGUUUGAUAGUUCUUGUCCGUCAGUGUGCUGUGGGCCGCCUGUGUUCGUGUCUGAAAUGCUGGACAGGCCCGAGCUCGCAAGAGAAAGAUUAUUUAUGAAAAGCGAUCGAACUUUUACAGAUAUAAAGAAUGUUUCACGGUAAAAACAAACAUGGUAAAAAAACACGUCGCUUCGUGUGAGGACCGCACAUGGAACUCAGAAACUUUGUGGUCGUCCAAACCCCGCUGUGGAAAAUGCACGUCGAAAUGAUGCAGUUGCUAUGGAAACACGUCCGUCUUUCCGAGUCUCAUGUGCCAAAUCAUCACAGAUUUCCACCCAACCUCAUUCAGCUGCAGAGAACGUACUAGAUCCUUUCUGAUAUUUCAAGAAAAAAAGCAUUUCACUGGGCUCUCGGGCUCCGGGGUCAGUCUCAUCAACAGCUUCUGUGUAGACUCCAUGUUUGUCGACCUCCGGAACGCACGUCCAGCUCGGGGGGGGGGGCAUCAGCCGCCGGCCUUCUACCUUCAGCUGACGUGCCCCCCAGAUUACUAAAACGAAGGGUUGGAUCUAAGUGCUGUUUGAAAAGUGUUAACCUUUCUAUGUAAUUACUUUCUGUCCGUUGCUUUGAAACAGGGCUUCUCCAUGACGACGAGUAGGCAUCAGUUUAAAAAAACCUAUAAGUCUUGUUUGUCUGUCUUCAGCAUAACCUGUAAAUAGCUGUUUUAAAAAAAGAAGAAAAGAAAAAAUGAUAUCCUUUUGGACAAAAUGCACUCUUGUUUCUCCAACCUCAAAACCUUUUUAUUUAUUUAAGCAGAAAUUUUAACUAUUGGGGAAAUUUUAGUGUACAGUGCUCGAGCCGCCGUCAAAUCAUUAAUUUAGUUGUGUGGGCCGCAGAUGGAGGAUUAGUUAAACCACACAGUGUAACGAGCAGUGUUGCAUUUACUAAGACGUCGAUUAACACCUGAUGCUGAACUACGCUACAACAUGGAGAGUUUUUAUAUCUUAAAAAUAAAAAACACAAAGGUUUACUAACCAAUAUAAGGAAAAGGACAAAAAGAUUUGAAAAUGUUGUGUAGAGUAAUAAAUUGUAACAAUAUUUUAAAUAAAGUUAUAUA